AAUGUUCACCGAGGCUGAGGAAAAUAAUCGUUUGAGUAUAAUUACUCAGGUACUUCCGAAGACUUCGAAUUCUGUUGUAAUAACUCUGUAAAUGAAGGGUGUAUGUCCCCAUACAUGACGUACUACGAUACAUGACUUUCUCCCCGCUGACAAAAUGACUCUGGGCUCGUUACUCGCGGUAUAUUUUCGCGGUUUCAGGAGAAGGAUAGUCUUUCGGGAUAUUUUCCUUCUGACUUGAGCUAUACCGCUGUUCCUGCUGCUCUGUGGAAGUAAAAAUCCCUUUAACAUGGCUCACAACUAUGUAGUGACGGCUCACAAGCCAACAGCUGUCAACGCUGCUGUAGUUGGUAAUUUUACAGCCCCAGAUGACCUUAAUUUGAUCAUUGCAAAAAACACUCGUCUAGAGAUCCAUGUUGUGACACCAGAAGGCUUGAGACCGCAUCUUGACAUUGGAAUAUAUGGACGAAUUUCUGUCAUGGAACUUUUCAGACCUGUGAAUGAACCUCAGGAUUUGUUAUUUAUUCUAACAGCAAGGUACAGGGUGUUUAUACUAAGUUACAAGUCUGAGUCUGGAGAUGUUGUUACCAGGGCUUGUGGCGAUGUUCAGGAUCGAAUUGGCAGACCUUCAGACACUGGUUUGAUUGGCAUCAUAGACCCACAAUGCCGAAUGAUUGGUCUUCGACUUUACGAUGGACUAUUUAAGGUGAUACCUCUGGAACUGGAUUCAAACAAAGAACUAAAAGCAUUCAACAUCAGGCUUGAAGAGUUGCAUGUGAUUGACAUUGCAUUUCUGCAUGGCUGUCAGGUUCCCACAAUUGUUUUCAUUUACCAGGAUCCUCAUGGACGCCAUGUAAAAACUUAUGAGAUUGUACUGCGAGAUAAAGAGUUCAGCAAGGGCCCUUGGAAGCAAGACAAUGUGGAAGUAGAAGCUUCAAGAGUUAUUGCAGUUCCAGAACCUCUUGGAGGGGCACUAAUCAUUGGACAGGAAUCUAUAACAUACCAUAAAGGGGCUAAUUAUCACGCAAUUGCUCCUCCAGCUCUGAAGCAAAGCACUAUAACUUGCUAUGGGAAGAUUGAUGCUAAUGGCUCAAGGUAUCUCAUGGGUGACAUGAAUGGCCGACUUUUCAUGUUACUGCUGGAGAGGCAGGAACUGAUGGAUGGUAACAUUGAGGUGAAAGAUCUGAAACUGGAGCUUCUUGGAGAGACUACUAUUGCACUCUGUCUCACAUACUUGGACAAUGGAGUGGUAUUUAUUGGUUCAGCACUGGGAGACUCACAACUUGUCAAGCUCAACACAGAAACAAAUGAGAAUGGCUCGCAUGUUCAUGUGAUGGAGACAUUCACAAACCUUGGUCCUAUUGUGGAUAUGGUGGUAGUUGACUUGGAAAGACAAGGGCAGGGACAGCUGGUGACAUGUUCUGGAACACUGAAGGAAGGUUCAUUAAGAAUAAUAAGGAAUGGGAUUGGUAUUCAUGAACAUGCCACCAUAUCAGACCUGGUUGGCAUUAUGGGUAUCUGGCCCUUAAGAUUACAAAAGACAGCCAAGAACUUUGAUGAUGCACUGCUCCUAUCUUUUGUUGGCCAGAGCAGAAUUUUAGCCCUUGCCGGUGAAGAAGUUGAAGAGACGGAGAUUCCAGGUUUUGAUGAUAAUCAACAGACAUACUUUUGUGGAAAUGUUUCUGGAGAUCAAAUCAUCCAGGUUACAACAUUGUCAGUGCGUCUUGUGAAUUGUGAAACAAGAGAACUUGUUUGAUGAUUCUGACACAAGAGCCCAGUUAGUAGCUGUGGGAUUGUGGACGGACAUUUCAGUGAGAGUUUUAAAACUGCCCAGCUGCGAACAACUGUUUGUUGAAAUGCUGGGAGGAGAAAUAAUUCCUCGCUCUAUACUAAAGACAUCUUUUGAGGGUAUUCAUUAUCUUCUGUGCGCUCUGGGAGAUGGAACCUUGUUUUACUUCACUAUGGAUCCAAACACUGGAUCUUUGUCUGAAAGGAAGAAAGUAACCCUCGGUACACAGCCUACGAUGCUUAGAACGUUCAAGUCACUGUCAACCACAAAUGUGUUCGCUUGCUCUGAUCGACCGACAGUGAUCUAUUCCAGCAAUCACAAACUUGUGUUCUCCAACGUUAAUCUGAAGGAAGUGAAUUAUAUGUGUCCACUGAACUCCGAGGGAUUCCCAGACAGUCUAGCUGUGGCCAGCGAAGGAGCGUUAACAAUAGGAACUAUUGACGAAAUUCAGAAGCUUCACAUUCGGACAGUUCCAUUGGGGGAAACGCCAAGGCGUAUAGCUUAUCAAGAGUCUACCCAAACAUUUGGUGUUAUCUCCAUGCGAAUAGAGGUCCUGGAUCCGACGUCAAACACAACGCGACCCCUCCACCCCAGCGCAAGCACAAUGGCUCAGAAUAUAACGACCAGUGUAUCAUCAGGCAUGCCGGGCACUUCCGCCGGAAGUUCAGCCGGUGGUAGGGGUGUGGCAGACGGCAUAACAUUCGGUGACGAGGUGGAUAGAAGCAGUUUGUUGAUCAUCGACCAACACACGUUUGAAGUGACUCAUGCUCACGAUCUUCAAGAUCACGAGUGCGCUACAAGCCUGAUCUCUUGCACAUUAUCUGGCGACCCAAACAGCUCCUACACGAGUGGAAUGUCUAACACGUAUUACUGUGUUGGAACUGCGUAUGUCCACCCUGAAGAACCUGAACCAAAGACGGGACGGUUGAUCUUAUUCCAGCUGUUGGAAGGAAAACUUGUCCAAGUCGCUGAAAAAGAGGUCAAAGGUGCCGUGUACUCACUGGUAGAGUUCAACGGGAAAGUGUUGGCCGGUAUCAACAGCACGGUCAGUAUAUUUGAGUGGACGGCUGACAAAGAAUUACGCGUAGAGUGCAGCUUUUUGAACAACAUCUUGGCUUUAUAUCUCAAGUAUAAAGGGGAUUUUAUUUUGGUGGGUGAUUUAAUGAGGUCUAUGACACUGCUGACUUACAAAGCAAUGGAAGGAAGCCUAGAACAGAUUGCGCACGACUACAGUCCAAACUGGAUGACAGCUGUAGAGAUCCUGGACGAUGAUACCUUCCUUGGGGCUGAAAAUUCUUUUAACCUGUUCACCUGCCAAAAAGACAGCGGCUCCGCAGCUGAUGAUGACAGAUCGUAUCUCCAGGAAGCUGGGCAGUUUCAUCUUGGCGAGUUUGUUAACGUCUUUAGACACGGUUCUCUUGUCAUGGAACAUCCCGGUGAAGCGUCGACCCCUUUCCAAGGCUGUGUCCUUUUUGGAACCGUGAAUGGAACAAUUGGAAUCGUCGCCCAGUUACCUCAAGAACUGAGCGCUUUUUUGACGCAAGUUCAGGGGAAACUUAGCAAAGUUAUCAAGAGCGUCGGAAAGAUUGACCACAGCUUCUGGCGCUGCUUUUCCAACGAACGGAGAGUUGAGCCUGCCACUGGCUUUGUGGACGGAGAUUUGAUCGAAAGUUUCUUGGACCUUCCGCGGUCCAGUAUGGAGGAGGUUGUCUCGGGACUGCAAAUUGAUGAUGGUAGUGGUAUGAAGAAAGAGUGUGCUGUGGAGGAUCUCGUGAAAGUUGUCGAAGAGCUAACACGGAUCCAUUAGAAGACUGUCUUGCCCCCUUCCUCUAGAAGAUAUUUAAUAACUGGAUUACACGUAUGUACAUGUCAAAGUUCUACCAUGGAAACCAUUGUAUAUACUUCAUUAUAUUAUCGUGCGAGGGUUGAUGUCAGCUUGUCCAGUCAGCAACUAAGGGAAACGUGCAAUAAGAUAAUCACGAGAUUCGGAAGGGAUUUUUCGUAGUCUUCUAGGGAACCAAUGGCUUUGAUCGUUUUAAGUCUUAAAGGCAAAUCAUUCUUAUAUUACUGAAUAGCAACUUGAGAUAAAGUGAUGCUCUAUCAGCAUGUGUUGUCUUUAUUGUAUGUUGUAUCAUAAAGAAGGAAUAAGAAAUUGGCAGAAACUCAGUUUGAUUGUCAUUACUUAUACCGCAAACAGGCGAAGAUUUCUCUUUUGUUCUGUUUGAACUUUCGAUCUCUUGGUGUUCAAGUGAAUGUUUUAAAGCUAGGAAUACCCUCCUAAUGAGCCCGCGAUUGGACCAGAUACAUUGCGAAGCGACACAGAGUCGCUAUAGUUACCAUGUUGAUAUUACUUUUAGCUUCCAGUAUCAAGUGAAAAAAAACUGAGUGGUUUUUAAAACUGCUUCUACAAGAAGUACUUGCCUGAAUUUAUUUUUUUUAAGAACGAAACUUUUUUUUUUUCCCUUAUAAGGAUUUAUUGAAGUUGUCACAAAUAAUUUAUAAUGUAUGUAAAUUUGCUCGUUUAAUAAAACUCUUUAAAUGUGAA